GUAGACGAGGUCGUCUCCGCCAGCUUGUAUACUGACGUCUGUUCAGUGUUGUACCGCAGCCGAGGUGAGGUUUCGUCGACGUCCCGUUUCCUUCCUGAUAGCUGCCAGUUGGUGGACGUCCUUCGCCCCGCUGCCUCGGAGCUUGUGAGUCCUUCAGCUAUAUAGCAGCACUCGAGACCAUCCGAAACGCGAUUAACGGACGUAAUCAUUUGACAAUUUCCACGGCACGUCUGGCUCGAUUAUCGAACGCUUUUUCUCGACAACAGCCGCUUCGUGCGUAAGCUUCUCUCUUCUCAUCGACGCAUAGCGAAAGAGACAAUUAUAAUCCACCAUGUCUGUUAGACUAAUUACGUUUUCUGUUGCCAACAGAACCCUCCUAGCCUCUAAAGCUAAAUCUCUGAUUGGCAUGAUGUCCAUCAGCCCUUCUAGCAAUAGAACAUUUUCAAAGCAUGUUGUGAACAAAAGCUUCGAACUGAUCAGUACGGACUCAUUCGUGCCCAUGGGUACAAAUAAUACUUCUAAAGUAUUCAAGGAUGGUUCGAAACCUUUGGUUAUUAUGUUAACGUGGUUGCUUGCCCGAAAAAAGCACGUGGGCAAAUACUGUGAUAUAUAUUUAAAAAAAGGGUUUAAUAUAAUGACAGUUUCCAUAACUCCAUGGCAGUUUUUCUGGCCUAUCACUGGAUCACAGGUAGUGGCUGAAGAUUUGUUAAAAUAUUUGCAUAACAGUGCAAACCAACAGCAGCUGAUACUCCAUGGCUUUUCCAUUGGUGCUUAUCUUUGGGGGGAAGUACUUGUCAAGAUGAACAGUGACUUACCAAAAUAUGCAAACAUUAUUGACAGAAUUAAAGGACAAAUCUGGGACUCAGCAGCAGAUGUUACUGAAACGACAAAAGGACUUCCUCAAGCCAUUUUUCCAAGGAAUGCUUUCCUUCGUUCAACUAUGGAGAGAUAUGUAAGUUACCAUUUAAAGACAUUUUAUGAUGUAGCGACCCAACAUUAUGUGAGGUCUAGUCAGUUCUUCCACACCACUCCUGUAAGAUGUCCGGCAUUAUUUUUUGUAUCCAAGAACGAUGUUAUUGGAUCUGUGAUUGCUAGCAUGAAAGCGAGAGAAACAUGGGAAUCAGUUGGAUUAAAGACUUACUGGAAAUGUUGGGAAAAAUCUCGCCAUGUCUCCCAUCUGAUGUAUCAUAGAGAAGAGUAUUUGGAAGCUCUUAACGACUUUUUGAUUGCGAUCAGAAGUGAUGAAAUUUCACAUGACAAAAUCGAAGCUAAAAUAUAGGUCUUUGAAGCAUAAACUAUUUCAAAAGUGGAAGAAAAAAUACAGUUCAAAAAUUAAUUUUAUCCUGUACAUAAUGUUUCUGAUUUUUAGAUAAUAGCAGCUUCAUUCUAUAAUCAAAUGGUUGAUUAUUGCAAUUUCAUAUUGCAUGCACCUUUAAAUAGAAGUAUUGUCAAUUCAUCUCUUUUGAUUUUAUAUGUCCCUUUUAUUAAACUUUUUAAUCUAUGAAAUUAAUAAUAAUUAUUUUUAUAUCAUAUUUUAUAUUGUAUCAAAUAUUAUACAAAUAAAUUAUAAAUACCUAAUAGAAAUUCCAGUAAUCAAUGUAUUUUAUUUCACAUAUUACAAAAUCUGGAAUAAGUGUGUAACAGUUGUUUUUGCUUCCAUACAAUUUCUCAAUUUUUUCCUCUUGCGAGUAUCUGCAAAAUGGCGCACAUGAAGAAUAGUCAGGAGUUUCAUUUCUUUUGGAUGGGACUAGUCAGCUUUGCUGUCUCUAAUAUUUAACCGGCCUUAUAUGUGGUCCAUUACAAAAAAUAACUUAAGUUUGAAGGGACUUGGAAGUACAAGAUAUACCACUGCAGAUCCGGCCUAAUAAUAUAAAAGCUAUGUACAAACUAGACCUACAGCUGGGAGUCCAGCAGGAUAUUCAUAACCUCUACAUCCUCCCACCAUUCACAAUAAUAAUUACAUUCAUGGUAGAACCUAUCUUUUUAAAAAAAAUAUGGACCUACUGUUUUAGUACUAAUAGAUCCCUGUCACACUAAAUUCAUUCACACUACUAAUUAGUUUCAAAUUUCAGUCAACAGGUCUGUGGGAUACAAUAUAUUCCACCUUUCACUCUUAUAAAUACGUUGACAAAGGGGUGGUAUGGGGGUUUUGACCACUAGUGCUUCGCCAUUUAUACUACAAACAUAUUAAUCUAAGAGAACCUAAACUACUUUGACGGGCCUAUGAAGUACUCAAGAUUCAGUAGUACACACUCUUAACUAUUGUUGCUGAUAAAUACAGUCACUCAUGAAUAAAAGCCACUAGUGAAGAGAUAUGAUUUAAUUUUUUUUGUAGAUGGACAUGUUGCACUUUUUUCAGUAUCUUGCAGUCAUAGUUUGGAUAUUUUGUGGUGACUCUACAUAAGUACGAGCACUGCUCAAGCCUUUUUCUGAUAAGUUAACCAACCAGUUAUGGCCAACCUCAGGCGGGUUAAUUCUAUCCUCUUUUUUAAAAAUUCCCAUGCUUCGGUUUCACCUUGUGUUUGAUAUCUUUUAGCCUUUCGAUCUUGCUCAUCCGGCAAGUUGGCCAAUUAUAACUUCUUUUUUUGUGCAUCUGCGGAGGAACCUUUAUCCAACCUUUAAUUUCCUUUGAUGCCCUGAUGAUCGACCUAACGAUUUUUUCUUUUAUUGUGUUUAUCUUUUCUUAUAUAUCAUGGACCAAUAGAAAAUUUAUUACAAUCUCUGAGUGAAUCCAAGUUAUUGAAUGUUUCACCAGGAAGAUGAUCUAUCUUGCUCAGUGCUGACAAUAUGAUUGUUAAUUUAGCUGUAUUGUGUAACAAAGGGAGAUUGGUAAACAGGUGGCUCCGAGAACCAAGUAUUGAUCAGAGGCUGGCACCUAUGGAAAUAAACCAUAGACAGGUUUCAUACAAAUCGUGGGAUGAUUUUCAAGAAACUCUGGCUAUUGAACCAGGGAGAUCAAAAAGCUGGGUAUUAUCAACAAAACAAUAGCCAACUGAUUAAACUAAAGGGUUAGUUCUCAUACCGAAAUUCAUUUGACCAAGUCCUUAUAGCUAUGCAUUUUGACCAUACCCAUCAGAAGUUCGGCAGUCAAAAUUUUUUUAUGUCACUGUUAUCAAUUCAAACAUUCCAUCAAUUCCAUUCUUUUGAGCACUGUAUGUAUAGCUUUGACUGUUGACAAAUGUGGCUCUUCAGUUCACCAGCAAAAAACUCAAGAGAAAAUAUUUAAUUGUUGAUUUGUCCAGCCAUGCAAGAAAAUUGGUGUCUGAUAGAGAUAAAAAUAAAUUUAAAUUGGUGUUUGAUUUUUCUUUCCUGUCACCAUUUAAAUUUGGAUGUUUUGGUCCUUCAUUUCCUUAUUUCUAAUAUUUCUUUCAUUCUAAUUCCUAAUUGUCUUACUAUUCUAAUAUCCAUUCUAACCAUGGAAUUGAUAAUUCUCUAGCCAUUAUACCUGUAUUAACUGAAAUUUGGUGACAAUAUGACUUCAUACACUAAUCAGGGUAUUCAAAUGAAUCUUUGGUGGAAAAAAGGUUUCAUUCUACUUUUGUAAAUUCUUUUUGGUUUAAUCUUAACCCAAACAUUAAUACCAGAAACACAUUGCAUUCAUUAUUGGUAACACACCUCAGUUCACUCUGUCACUGCUAUUAAAAUUUAUCCUUUGAAGUAUAUUACAUUAAUUUGAGCUUUGGUUCUUCAAGACUCUAGUUAUAACAAUAUUAACAUGUUUAUUGCAACAUGAAAGAUAAAUUUAUUAUCAUACUUGAUGAGAACACUAGAAACAAUAUACAGCAAGGCAUAAAACAAAUUGACUAGCUAGUAAAUAUGGCAAUAUAGUACACUAGAUUAAACAACUACUCACUUAAUCUUUAUACCAAUAUUUAUAUAUACUUACGACAUAAAAAUAAAUUUAAAAUUUCUUAACUAAUUUUUGGUUGAGUUUAACAAAUUAUUUUCUUAUGGAAGCCAUGUUAUCAGACAAGUAAGCGCAAUGGCUUUUUAAAAAUGCAAUUAUAUUUACUCAUCUUUUUACAUUUUAUAUUUCUCAAUUAAUUAAUUUAACAGUUAGUAAAAGAAGUCUGUAUACACCCUUAAAAAUUUAUUUUUUCUUAAAAAAAAAAAAUGUUUUGCUUAUUAUAAAAUUAAGGAAAACUUAAUAUUUGUUGUAGUAAAUAGAUGUUGGUUUAAGCAAAAACACUUUUAUUUUCAAAUUUACUUUGUAAUAAUUAAGAAUCAAUUGUGCGAGGCAGUAAUCUUGUAAAUAUUUUAUUAAUGGAGGUGCCGGCUGAAAUUAGGUUGUUGGAAAAUUAUUAAUUGAAAUUGCAAAAAUUGUGGCAACUGUACAAACGUUCAUUCGGAACUACAAAACUAACGACACUUUGGAAAGUUAACACCGACCAAGGUGGCCAAAGAAAAUAGAGAGACCUCUUAGGAGAAUGAUUCUUCAAUAUGUGAACUUGGAAUCUUCUACUAGUGUCCCUGCGCUAGCUGGAUAUGUUUAAAAUGUUUCAAGUAACACCUCAAAGGUUCACAAUACCAUUAAAAAAUGUGGCCUUAGGACACGAUCUUCUAUAAAAAGCCUACACCAGUGAAUUUAGCAGAAGAGUUUAAUUAGCAAAAUUGUAUACAAACAAGCUUUCAACCUUCUGGGACAGUGUAAUUGUUAGUGAUGAGUCAAAAUUUAAUGUUUUCUGUUCUGAUAGAUGUUAGUGUGGCAGAAAAAAGCUGUGAAAUUCCAAAAAUAGUGUGUAACAAUGAAGCAAAUGGUAUGGGGUGCAAGGCGUCAUCAGGGGUUGAUAAAUUAAAAAAUUUUGAGGCCAGUGUACAGAAACGUGGUGAAUUUUGUUUUCCAACAAGAUCGUGCUAAGAAAACAGAGGAGUGGUUAUUGUACAAUGCUCCUCGCCAACUAAAAACAUCCCUACUAUCACCAGAUUAUUCCAUCGAACAUCACUAGUUAGAAAUGAAGAGAAGAAUGCAAACUAGAGACAUAAAAAUUAAACAUCAUCUGACUGAGAUGUCAAAGAAGAAUGGGAAAAUCUUGGUUCUGAUGUAAACAAAACUUGACUUCAUGAAGCUCUCUCUCUCUCUUUCUCAAAAAAAUUUCAUUUUGUCACAAGUUUUCAUUGUUUGGAGAUUUUGUUAUCUGUCUCAUUAAUUAUAACUUUCAUGUUAUGAUUUAGCCUUUAGAAAAAAAAA